AUGUGGUCCCCCAAGCGGAAACAAAACAGCGUCACGAGGCGGGACCUGAGAAGCCCCUCACGGGCUAACCGUUGCCAAAGCAGACUACACACCUCACCCCACCCCUUCCUGGGACCAAGGCCAACGGGCGACCGACCCCUAAGCAUCGGCCACGCAGGCAGAAAACCAAGACGUACAGAACCUCCUGCAUCAUCUCGGAUGGGAAAAGGGCCCGAGUUCAUGGCAUCAUGGUGCCGGCUUCGACGCAAGCCUGGGGCAGGAGGGAUGCCUGGCAACAUCUCAGCAGUGCCACUCACCUUCGUGAACUGUAUAUUAGAGGACGCAGAGUGGAAGGUUGUGGAGCAGAAAAGUUCAGAUCAGAAUUCAGAUCAGAGUUGGACUUUUGCUUAUGGCCCGCAUGCAGCGUUGGAUGACACA